AUGCCUUCGCUUCGCCUGGUAUCUCUAGCUGCUCAUCAAGAAAGUAAGAAAGACUACAAGUGGAUCCCCUGGAAGCAUCGCAUGUCAGAAGAGAAAGCGGCCGAGCUUCAGUUGAGUAGGCCCGCCAAGCAACCGCGUUUGGAAGCUCUCGGCAUUUCCAGUUUGCUUCUUGAUGAGCCUCCCACGCUGGAGGUGGGCGAUAGCUUCAUGGGGGUCAGUGCCGUGCAGAGGAUCUUAGCAAUCCACGACGUUGCACUGGCCAUGGUAGGCUCUUGUCACCUGGCUCGCCUCAAAGCCUAUAGCAGCAAGUUCAUGCAUCUUUUGUCUCAGCGCCACGAAGCUUCAUCAGGAUUGCGAGCUCCUACAAUGCUAGAGGCCCAGCAGGCUGACUGCAAAUUGUGGCAGGGGAUUUAUGCUCUUGUUCUUGAGAAGGAUUGGCAAUUGAACGACGCAAUCUUCGAGUAUACCGAAAUCAGGGGUGACAUGUCAAAUUUGCUUCAGGCAAGGGCUAGGCCCCCUCCGCCCCCGCGCUUCAUUGAGAAAGGCAUCAAGGGCAAGGGGCUUGGUCGCUUCAUGUCGGAGCAUUGGAAGGGCUAUAGCCUUGACGGCCAAGGCAAAAGCUCCGGUAAGGAUAAGGGUUCCAAAGGCAAACCCUCGGGCAAAGGGGGAGCAGGUGCCUGGGUGAAGCAUGUUCAAGUCAAUGGCGAGACCAAACAAUUGUGCAUGCAGUGGCAAUCCGGGAAAUGCAGCAGGGGUGCGAGCUGUGCAUUCUUGCACAACUGUGCGUACCCGAAGGGCGAUGGCUCUGCCUGCAUGAGCAAGGUCAGGGCCCGCUGCAACCUCCUGCGACUCCUGCGAGUUCUCGGCCUGCUUUUGCUUCCCCGUGCAGGGGUGCCUUCUGAGCGCCCCCUGAUGUUGCAGCGGGCCGAGCCACCACCAGCGUGUGGUCUCGCUACGCUUUCCAUUGAUAUUCUUUUGGACCCAGCUUUUGACUUGCUCCAAGAUGAUUUCUUUGAGCAGCUUCUGUUCAUUUGCGGUUCAGGUGGGCCGCCUUUCCCGCUUCGCACGCCGGAAUACUUGGAUGGAGUGGGCACGGUCAUGUUGAACAACGGGCGAGAUUCACAUCAAGUUAUGCGCGGUCUUGACAGCUCUGGCGUGUUCAGAAGCAGGCUUACAGCUCAGUAUCCAGAGGCGCUUGCAACCACUUUUGCGGCUCAGAUUCAAGUUCUCCUGGACAAACCAGGCCCUGCAUUGACAUUGCGAGAGGCCCUCACACUGGUGCCACGUAAGCCCAUGGAUCAGCUACCAUAUGCAGUUCAUGAUGGGGCAGGUCGUCAUUCGCACGCUGACUGGAGCGCUCCCCGCACGCCAGAUCUGUUGCGUAACCUGCGCUCUUUCCUGCUUAAGGCCACUGCGUCUAUGAACGGUCCCUCCCGCCUGCUUCAGCGUCGCUAUGAGCCCAGCAAAGCACCGCUUUUCUCAGCUUCAGAGGUUGCUUCGGUUAGGGAAGGUUUCUUCUCGGCAUUGGGCGUCUCGGCUCCGGCCGAUGCCUGGUUACAGAGGGAACAUCAGCCUCUCUGUUUGAAUGCCUUGGAAGCUGUUGCUCAAGUAUGCUUUGACGCUGAUACAACAUUGUUCCCAGCCUUGAAAGCACGCGUGCCAACAGGCUUCCAGUCGGACAUCCCGCCUUCGCAUAGUUUUUGGCCCAACACUCGUGAAUCUUUAGAUGACAUACCUCUUUCGAUUCAUUUGCAGAAUUGGCGCUCUGCUACGGUGGAACCUUCUGUUACUCGCAGGCUGCUUCAGGAAGAACUCGAUCAAGGUUUUUGCUUCAAAUUCAACGGAUCGUUGGCCGAUGCCCAGCGACGCUGGCCCCUAGGGGUUGCGCUUGGCAAACUUUCGGUUGUUAGGGCUCCUGGUAGAUCAGAAAGGCUUUGUCUUGACAAUUCGGUUUGUGGCACAAACGCAAAUUGCACCGUGCCUGAGAAGCAGCACAUGCCUUCAGCUCGAGACGUCUUGCAUUCCUAUCCCUUGCGUGAGUGCUCGCAGAUUCAGGGUGCACUCUCGAUAGAUAUCAAAAGCGCUCAUAAGCGCUGCGUUGUCAAGGAUGCUGAACAAGGAUUGCUUGGGUUCACAUGUGAGGAACCAGACGGGUCAAAUGCCCUCUAUUUCUAUCGCACAUGCCCGUUCGGAGCCACGUUUGCCCAGCACUGGUGGGGGCGACUCGGCUCGUGCAUCCUUCGCAUUCUUCAUAUUCUCAUCUACAUAGCCCACACAGGCCACUUGUUUGUAGAUGAUUAUCUCUUUUCUCAGGAGAUGUCCAUUCUUCCAGCAACGAGUGCCAUGAUUUGCAUGUUCAUGCAGAUCAUGGGUGUGCCUUUUUCCUGGCACAAACUUCAGAUAUCCGUUCGGGUCACUUGGAUAGGCUGGGACUUUCAGUACUCUGCCGGUAUCGUGUUGCUUAAAGAAUCAAAGCGCUUGAAACUGCUGGGCAUGGUGCAAGAUUUGCGUAAAAACCCUCGCUUGACCAAAAAGGAUUUGGAACGCUUCAUUGGCUUAGCACUGUGGGCUACAAGCCUUUUUCCGGUCAUGAAGAGCAUGCUGCAUACCUUCUAUCACGAUCUCUACAGCCCAGCUGCUACGAACUACAGCAUUCCGCCAGAGCGCUGGCAUGAAAUCGCAAGAUACUUGUCGCCGGAUCUGCAAUUCACAGUGACACCGCCAGGUACGGGUAUACCGCUCGGCUCCAAACUGCUUUCGGCACGUCACCAAGACUUGCACUCUCUUCAGGAUCUUGAGAAAGUUCGGGUAUCUGAUCGUAGGGUUUGGCUUCGGGUUUCUAGUCAGAACAGCAAGAAGCGGAAAUUGUGCUUGAACUCGCUGCGCAUUCCUGGCAUCUUCGAGCAUUGGCUGUUGCAUAUGUCACCAUUCCGCUCGAUGCGGCAGCCUGCCACUCCUCUAUUUGAUGCACGUGCAGAUGCCAGUGCCAAAGGCUCUCAUUGCUGCAUAUAG